AUGGCCUUCAGUUUCGGCUUCUUAGGCGACGAUAUAGAAGAAGACCCAAACGACACCCAGCAAGACCAAAGCCAAACCCAACGCAACCAAGACGCAAAUGCAGACACACUAGCGCCGCCCAUCCCAGCCAAAGCACAUGACUUUGAUGCACUAUUAUCAUCCCUCCCAGAAAAAAUAUCCUACUCAACCCUCAGCAUCACCAGUCCAAAAGGCUUCACGGCCAAGCUACCGCGAAGAGAGUUAUUCGAUGUAAGGGUGCAGAUUAUGGCCGAGGAUGACGACGAUGAGGUGGGAAAGGAGGCGUUGGCUGGGUUGGAUACAACAGACCUCCGCCCAAACAUCUACGAAGGCGGCUACAAAACCUGGGAAUGCAGCCUAGACCUCGUGCGCUACCUUCUCGACCGCGGGCCCCGAAAAGACCUCGACGACCUCGUGCGCGUCGACCACGUUGUAGAAAUGGGUUGCGGGAGCGCCUUGCCCUCAUUACUACUUUUCCAGUACGCGCUCAGGAACGGGUUGGGCAUGUAUUUUACGCUGACGGAUUAUAAUGCUGAUGUGUUGAGGUUGGUUACUGUGCCGAAUCUUGUGUUGGCGUGGCGGGCGGGGUUGGGGUUAGGGGAGCGGAGGGGCGUGGUUGCUGCUGCUGCUGGUGAGGAGGGGGAUGACGGUGUUGGAGAUGACGGUGGGGAGUGGGAGGACGAAGGCGAGUUACGCAUAACCCCCCAUCUACUCACCGCGUUCAAGAAGAGUUUGGAGGAAAGGGGUAUUACGAUAACACUGAUCUCUGGAUCCUGGACCCCAGUUGCGGAGUUACUUCCCUUGAUCCCGUCAACACCCGAGAUGAACACUUUCAUCCUGGGUUCUGAAACGAUUUACAGUCCAGCGUCGCUUCAGGCGUUUACGGAUGCCAUUGUGGGACUCAUGGGUAGGGUGAGGAUGGGGAAGACGGUGGUGGCGGCCAAGCGGGUGUAUUUCGGUGUUGGGGGCAGUGUGGAUGGGUUUAGGGAGGAGUGUGCGAGGAGGGGGUGUGUGGGUGUUGAAGUGGAGUUUGAAGGUUUGGAAGAAGGGGUUCGGAGAUGUUUGGUUGAAGUGCAGAUGUAUUGA